CACUACAGGAGGCGUGUGAUCAAGUAGAUAACGUACAGUACAUUAGUGUACAAGCGAGAAUUCCUGCGAGACAAUUUCACACUGAAGCCGGAUGUAUAUGGUGGCGGACGUUUCCCCGCGUUGCUGGUGAUGUACCUGGUUUAAUGCUCGGAGAUAAGCGACAGGUUUAUGUAACAUGUGUUAGGAGGGUCUGUGUUUGGUUUGUUUCGCUCGGACCAUGUGCAGUGACAGCUGGUGUGGCCGGUGCCUGACACGCCGAACUGUUGUUAUCUUACAGCCAGGGAUGUAGAGGCUCCUCAUGUGGCGUUUACAUAAGAAAACAAACAAACAAACAAACAACCUUGUUAAAAGUUCAGGACCCUGAGGAAUAGUAAGCUAAGCAGUGCGAAUACAGGCUAACUGUACGCUUCGCAAUUAACAGCUUCUACUAAGCGUGAAUAAACCUUAGCUUGAGAAACCAAAAACUGACAAAAUGAGGAUUUUGAGGGCUUUAAUGAGCAACACAUCCAUCGGGAAGCUUGUGGAUCAUUACUCCAGGUUUUCCCCCUCUCCCCUCUCCAUGAAACAGUUCAUAGAUUUCGGUUCAGAGAACGCGUGUGAGAAAACCUCCUUCAAGUUCCUGAGAGAGGAGCUGCCAGUCAGGUUGGCCAACAUUAUGAAGGAGAUCAACCUGCUGCCUGAUAACUUACUGAGGACGCCCUCAGUGCGCCUGGUGCAGAGCUGGUACAUUCAGAGUCUCCAGGAUAUAUUAUCGUUCAAGGAGAAAAACGCAGACAAUGGAAAAGUCAAUUCUGAUUUUACAGAUGCAGUGAUUAAGAUCCUGAAUAGACAUAAUGAUGUGGUUCCCACAAUGGCACAGGGAGUGGUAGAGUACAAGGAGGCAUAUGGUACUGACCCUAUUACCAGCCAGAACAUGCAGUACUUCCUGGACCGCUUCUACAUGAGCAGAAUUUCCAUCAGAAUGCUCCUCAAUCAGCACAGUCUACUGUUUGGACGGAAGGUACAGACGAACCCAGCUCAUCCAAAACAAAUAGGCAGUAUCGAUCCUAACUGCCAUGUCAGUGAUGUGAUUAAAGAUGCAUACGAAAAUGCACGAAACUUAUGUGAUCGAUACUACAUGAACUCACCAGAACUAAAACUAGAAGAAUUCAACGGAAAUGAACCCAACAAGCCCAUAACUGUGGUUUAUGUGCCGUCUCAUUUAUAUCACAUGGUGUUCGAAUUAUUUAAGAAUGCCAUGCGAGCCACCAUGGAGCUGUAUGGUGACGAUGUGGAGUACCCUCCAGUUCAUGUUAAGGUCGUCCUGGGUCAUGAAGAUCUCACUGUGAAGGUCAGUGACCUUGGAGGUGGGGUACCACUCAGGAAGAUUGACAGGUUGUUCACAUACACAUAUUCCACUGCCCCACGUCCCCAAAUGGACACAUCCCGUGCUGCACCACUGGCUGGUUAUGGCUAUGGCCUGCCCAUUUCCAGACUGUAUGCCAGGUAUUUCCAGGGGGAACUGCAGCUUUACUCAAUGGAGGGCCAUGGCACUGAUGCAGUCAUAUAUAUCAGAGCACUUUCUACAGAGUCCAUUGAAAGGCUUCCAGUAUAUAACAAAUCAGCAUGGAAACACUACAAGACCAUCCAUGAGGCAGAUGACUGGUGUGUGCCAAGCAAAGAGCCCAAAGACAUGAGCACCUUCCGCAGCAUGUAGAGCCUCUGCACCAAAGGCAGAGCGCACAGUUCAUUUUGUAAUUCUUAUUGUUAAUAGGAAUUAGAAUAAUUCAAGUAAGUAAGAAUGAAAAUAAUUAUUAAAUGAAUGUUUUUUUCA